UACCACCGUUGACCGGUACUUCAGCGGAGACUGACGUGAGUAACUAUGACUCAUGAGAGUUGAGUUUUGUUACAAAUUCAAACUCCACUCACAUGGUUUUGCUAUAUACACAGUACAUCCCAUUUGUGAUAUAACAGAUUUACCAAUUCUUACAAUUUUAGCAAACAUCAAUUCAACAACCAUGUUACGUAUCUUUUGGUCUAUCAUAUGCCACAUUCUCUUUGCUUCAAAUUUCCUCAACAAUUCAGCCUCUGCCUUAGGAAACAUCACUGACCAUUCUGCAUUACUCAAAUUCAAAGAAUCAAUGUCCAGUGACCCUUUUGGAGUAUUAAACUCUUGGAAUAGUUCUACCCACUUUUGCAUGUGGCAUGGAGUAACAUGCGGUCAUAGACAUCAAAGAGUCACGGAGAUCAAGUUGGUAGGAUACAAACUACAAGGUUCUAUAUCACCCCACGUUGGUAAUCUUUCCUUUCUGAGAGUCCUAUACCUUGAUGAUAAUAGCUUCCAUGCCAAUGUCCCUCGAGAAUUAGGCCGUUUAUUUCGACUGCAGGCCAUCUCUUUUGCCAAUAAUACUUUAGGAGGUCGAUUUCCAACCAGUUUGACAAAUUGCACUCAGCUGAGGGAGAUCGGAUUAUAUGGUAAUAAUUUUACCGGUCAAAUACCAAUGGAGAUUCACUCUCUUGCCAAGCUUGAAUAUUUUAAUGUUGCAAGAAACAAUCUAAUUGGUCGAAUUCCACCUUCUAUAUGGAAUCUUUCUUCCCUCACUGUACUCGAUUUUUGGUAUAACCACUUGGAGGGAAACAUACCAGAAGAAAUAGGUUUUUUAAAAAAAUUGACAAAGAUGUCAGUCUCAGAAAACAAAUUAUCUGGUAUGCUUCCCUUUUCACUUUACAAUUUGUCAUCUCUCACUCACCUCCACACAGCAGGCAAUCAAUUCCAUGGUUCUCUUCCAACCAACGUGUUCACAACCCUCCCAAAUAUUAGGCAAUUUUGGUUUGCUUCAAAUCGAUUCUCAGGUCCAAUCCCAUCAUCCAUCAGUAAUGCAUCUCGGAUUCAAAUGUUCGAUAUUGGUUUUAACAAUUUUGUAGGACAAAUUCCAAAUCUUGGAAAGCUGCAGGAUCUUUCUGUUUUGGCUGUAGGCGAAAAUAAUCUUGGCAGCAAUUCAUCAUAUAGUGGUGAUGAUUGGGAGUUUAUAAAGUCUUUGGUAAACUGUAGUCAGCUUUAUAUAGUAAUUGUUGAAAGUAAUAACUUAGGAGGUCCUUUGCCCAAAAUUAUUGGCAAUUUGUCCACCCAUCUUGCACAAUUUGCUAUGGCUGACAAUCAGAUAUCUGGAGAAAUUCCAACAGAACUGGGAAAUCUUGUAAACUUGAUUUUCUUGUCCAUAGAAAACAACCUCUUAACUGAUGUUAUUCCAGAGAGUUUUUCUAAGUUUCAAAAGAUGCAAGAAAUGUAUUUAAAAAUAAACAAACUUUCAGGUGAAAUUCCGGCAACAAUUUUAGGAAAUCUCAGUCAGUUGUCUCAGUUGGAUUUAUCAGACAAUUUGUUGAUUGGAAAGAUUCCGUCAACUAUUGGAAAUUGCAAAAAGUUGCAAGCAGUGGACUUCUCAUUGAACAACCUUAGUGGUGCUAUACCAACACAACUUCUUAGCCUUUCCUCCUUAUCAAUACUUCUUAACCUAUCACAUAACUCAUUUAGUGGUAAUUUGCCUCCUGAGGUGGUCAUGCUUCAAAACAUUGAGAGGUUUGAUAUAUCUGAAAAUCAUCUCUCAGGUGGCAUUCCUGAAAAUAUUGGAGAUUGCUCAAGCCUGGAGUACCUAUUUUUAGAGGGUAAUUCUUUAGAUGGAGUCAUACCAUCUUCUUUAGCUUCACUAAAAGGUCUUCUACAACUAGACCUGUCGCGAAACAACUUGUCAGGUUCAAUUCCACAGGAAUUACAAAACAAUUCUGUUUUAGAAUGGUUCAAUGCUUCUUUUAACAAGUUGGAGGGCGAGGUGCCCAUGCUUGGUGUUUUCCAGAAUGCCAGUAGAGUUUCAUUGACUGGCAAUGACAGGCUUUGCGGCGGGGUAGCAGAACUGAAUCUGAAAAUUUGCCUACCAAAAAAUGUGAAAAAGAGAAAACACCAUAUUCGUCGCAAGUUGAUCAUCAUCAUCAUCUUCUCAAUUGCAUUUCUGCUUCUAUUGUCAUUUGUCCUUACUAUCAUCAUCUAUCAGAUAAUGAGGAAAAGGCAGAGAAAAACAUCUGCUGAUUCAACAAUUGUGCAAUUUCCGAAGGUAUCAUACCAAGAGCUACACCAUGCCACAGAUGGGUUCUCGGAUCAGAACUUGAUAGGAACCGGAGGUAUAGGUUUUGUGUACAAAGGAAGACUUAAUUCAGAAGAAAGAGUUGUUGCUGUAAAGGUUCUAAACCUUCAGAAGAAAGGAGCUCAUAAAAGUUUCCUUGCCGAAUGUAAUGCUUUUAGAAAUAUCAGGCAUAGAAAUCUAGUCAAGAUUAUCACAUGUUGCUCUAGUGUGGAUCACAAAGGUGACGACUUUAAGGCAAUAGUUUAUGAAUACAUGACAAAUGGGAGCUUAGAGGAAUGGUUGCAUCAAAAUGCAGAACACCAAAGAACUCUGAAAUUUGAAAAAAGAUUAGAAAUUGUUAAUGGAAUCGCUUCAGCAUUACACUAUCUUCACAAUGAAUGUGAGAAGCCUAUUGUUCAUUGUGAUUUAAAACCAAGCAAUGUCCUUCUUGAUGAUGACAUGGUUGCUCAUGUGAGUGAUUUUGGCUUAGCCAGACUUGUUUCAACAAUUGAUGGCAAAUCCAAUAAUCAAACCAGCUCAAUGGGAAUAAAGGGGACUAUAGGUUAUACUCCUCCAGAGUAUGGAAUGGAUACUCAAUUGUCAACAGAAGGCGACAUGUAUAGCUUUGGGAUUCUUCUUUUGGAGAUGAUGACUGGGAGAAGACCAACCGAUGAAAUGUUUAAAGAUGGGUACAACCUCCAUAACUACGUUAAAAUUGCAUUUCCAAAUAACAUUUUGGAGAUUGUUGAUGCAACUCUCCUCUCAACGGAAAACAGUCAUCUUUUAGUAACAACAGAGGUUGCAAGGGAUUUGCAUCCCAAUGUUGAGAGGUCUUUAUCUUCUUUAUUUAAGAUUGGAUUAUCUUGUUCAGUUGAGUCUGCAAGAGAACGAAUCAAUAUCGAGGAAGUCAAAACUGAACUGAAUAUCAUUUCAAAAGCUUUGGCUGAUGAAGGGAAAUAAGGAUACACCAAAAUUGAGGAAGAUUGGAAAGAAUGAGCUGGUUGAUGGUCUAUACCACUUCACCAUUUCUAUGAGUGCUGCACAACACACUACUGUUACAUCACUAGUUACUAAUAAUGUCAUCAUACAGUUUUGAUUUGUUUUCUCUUGGUGUUCUCAUUAAUAAAAUGUAUGGACAAUCGUUUGUGAACUCAGUGUUGAAUAAUACAAAAUGCUCAUUUGUGGCAUGUAAAGUUUAGACUCUUUUAAUGUUUCCGUUAA